GUCAACCACAGGCAGCAGGGCAGGGGAAGGGAGGACUGACGACGAGGGAAAGUGGGGAGAGAGGAAGAACUCGUGGCCUGCCUGACCUACCACCAUAUAUUUUCAUGCGAAGAAACUGCACGAUCAAGAACACCUGUUUUUGGUCCCCCAAAACGACUCUGGCCCGGGCCUCACUCAGUCCGCGGUCUUGAGUUGGGUAGCAGGGUGAUUGAAGCACGUCUAUCGGUGUCACAGCGCGUCUUUUCCACCAAGGAGGCAGUCAUGGGCGACAGCAGAGAUUCCCGCAGCCCAGACAGCUCCUCUGUGUCCUCCCCUCCCUCGGGCCUGCACUCACCCCCCCUGACCCCCACAGCUGCCGCCAUGACAUCUCUGCCGCCCUUCACCUCGGACGUCAACAGCCCCACCAGCAGCAUGGGCUCGCCCUUCUCUGUCAUCAGCUCCUCUUUGGGGUCGCCAUGCCUGCCCGGGACACCCUCGGUGGGCUACGGCCCCAUUAGCAGUCCCCAGAUCAACUCCACAGUGUCCAUGUCGGGGCUGCACGCGGUCAGCAGCUCGGACGACGUGAAGCCUCCGUUCGGGCUGGGGGGCCACAGCCCAGGGGGCCCCAUGCUCUCCCAGAAGCGCCUGUGUGCCAUCUGCGGCGACCGCUCCUCCGGUAAGCACUACGGAGUGUACAGCUGCGAAGGCUGCAAGGGUUUCUUCAAGCGCACGGUGCGCAAGGACCUGAGCUACACCUGCCGGGACAACAAGGACUGCCUGGUGGACAAGCGCCAGCGCAACCGCUGCCAGUACUGCCGCUACCAGAAGUGCCUGGCCUGUGGCAUGAAGAGGGAAGUGGUCCAAGAUGAACGACAGAGAUGUAAGGAGGAAAGAGGGAGGGAAGGAGUGAUGUCCGUGCAGGAAGAGCGCCAGAGGAACAAGGAGCGGGAGAGUGAGGCGGAGUCGACCAGCGCCGUCAACGAGGAGAUGCCCGUGGAAAAGAUCCUGGAGGCCGAGAUGGCCGUAGAGCAGAAGACCGAGGUGCAUGCCGACGGGACCUCCGAGGGCAGCUCGGUAAAUCCCAACGACCCGGUCACCAACAUUUGCCAGGCUGCAGACAAGCAGCUGUUUACCCUGGUGGAGUGGGCCAAGAGGGUCCCCCACUUCUCUGAGCUGGCCCUGGACGACCAGGUCAUCCUGCUACGCGCUGGUUGGAACGAGCUGCUGAUUGCCUCCUUCUCUCACCGCUCCAUCAGCGUGAAAGAUGGCAUCCUACUGGCCACCGGCCUGCAUGUGCACAGGAACAGCGCCCACAGCGCUGGCGUUGGAGCCAUCUUCGACAGGGAGAGUGCGCACAAUGCAGAGGUUGGGGCCAUAUUUGACAGAGUUCUCACUGAGCUAGUCAGUAAGAUGAGAGACAUGCAGAUGGACAAGACCGAGCUCGGGUGCCUCCGAGCCAUCAUCCUCUUCAACCCGGAUGCCAAGGGCCUGUCCAGCUCCAGUGAAGUGGAAUUGCUGAGGGAGAAGGUGUACGCAUCGCUGGAGUCCUAUUGUAAACAGAGAUACCCCGACCAGCAGGGCAGGUUCGCUAAGCUCCUCCUCCGGCUGCCAGCGCUACGCUCCAUUGGCCUGAAGUGCCUGGAGCACCUGUUCUUCUUCAAGCUGAUUGGUGACACCCCUAUCGACACAUUCCUCAUGGAGAUGCUGGAGGCGCCCCACCAGCUGACCUAGGAACCAGGUUCUGCUCUGGUCCAUCAGGGAUUCUAGUUCUGGCACCACAACCCCUUCUUCACUCAUUAAAUCCCCCCCAAGCUGAUACAGCUCUCCAAAAGACCAUAUGCUGUCAAAAACAAACACUUUUUCCAACACGCACACAGAAACACAUACUUUUUUCACAGUAGGGUUUAAGACACAUGGAAAUAUCUCAUUUUUAACCACAAGUUUUAUCAUGAGUUAGCCUUCAGUUUGUAGCCUUCAGCUUUGUGUGUAAACGCUUCUGCGAUAUCCGGUAGACCUCUUAGCUUCUUGUGGGGUUCGUAGGUUAUUCAGAUACAUUGCUGUACGCAUAGAUAUGACGAGGGGCUUACUCCCCCUUUGGUUUUACUCUUGGGUUUACCCCAAACCCGUCGUAAUCAGGUGUGUAAUAUUUCAAUCAAGUCUCCCAACUUUUCCAGCUUCUAUUGGUCGGGACGCAACCAACGGAGGCAGACGCGCCCCUCUCAGUUCACCAAUCCGAAUGUGAUUUGAAUACUAUGCUUUAUUCACGCUGAAAUGCGCUGAAUUUGUUUUGAAGUACUGUACUCAUAUAAUGAGACCUUUUUAAGGCAUUGAAAUCCAAGGAGGGGGCACUUUGUUUGGCCCUUCUUAAAGCUCACACCAGGCUUUCAAAGAAAUAAAGUGACUUAUAGGAUGUUUUCUUUUGUUUCUUUGUGGUGUUUGGUCUUCAAGUCCAAACAAGUGCCAUUGGGCACAGAAAGUGCAACCUUGUUCAAGAGCACUGUGUGUCAUUGGUGCUGUUGUA